CAAUAAGAAGAGAACGCGUACUGACAUGGUAAAUGCGAGUUUCAUACUAAAACAGUUUCCAAACUCACCCUUAAUCUAUUUGCAAUGUUGCCAUAUAAUGUUGAUACUAAGACGGAAGCUACGCAGUGAGCUACGAACCGUUACACAGAGAGAGAGAGAGAGAGAUACUUUCCCAGAAUGGACUUCCCCGGCAUAAAUUCGUACUGAUAAUUUUGCUUUUGAAUCUUACGACUUCAAUCCAAUGCAAAUGCUGAUACAGUUGUUUUACGUCCUUCACCGAGCAUCAACCGUUAACCAGUUAGUAAUGUCUGAGAACAAGUGAGAGCAGUUUUGAUUUCUGCUGGUGAAAUAUAACCUUUGCAUCAGUGAGGUGGAGAUUGUGUUGUUUGACGUAGCACCAUGUUUCCCGGCACUGUAUGGACGCUUGCACAGACGCUUGUUUUAGUGUAUGUAUUGCUGCCGGUUGUGAUAGGCCAAACAAAACCGAACCAUGGAUCAUUAUGUAUAACAUCGAGUGGAUUGCAAGGAAGGUGUGUGUUAUUAAAAAAUUGUCCAAAGUUAAAAGCAAUCGAUGUGAAGCCGUACGUUGUCCAGCAGGAGAUGGAUAUACUAAUCGGAGCGCUCGGUGCAUGUCCACCGGAAUCGGAGCAAUAUUGUUGUGCCAAUGGGGAUAUUCGUUGGUACACCGGGUCCACAUCGAAACCAUCCAAACCACCGCAGCAGCUGGUGCCGGAUAUGGAGGAGGAUAAUGCUAUGGACUGUCUCCAGACACACCUUGGAAUGGACCGUGGAUCCAUAGGACGAGCUGCUCUGGACCCCUCGUUUGGUGUGUUUAUAACGUACGCAGGCAGGUAUAACAGAUGUGUGGGAAGUUUGAUCACACCCGAGUACGUCCUUGCAGCGGCUCAUUGUGCUACAGCAAAGGGCGACAUAGUUUUAUACAUAAACGCACACCACGUCUCGCUUGAUUCUAAACUGCCUAGUCUCAAGGGUGAUGUGACACCAAGGUACGUACGGGAGGUCAUUAUCCACGAGAAGUACAGCCGCAAAACGCGUGAUAAUGAUAUUGCUUUGCUACAAUUAAAUGAGACUGUUGCACAGGGGGAUAUGGGAUCGCCCGUACCGAUCUGUAUCCCGAUGGGUACGAAACACGAUGAGAUUGGACCAGUCGGUCAGAUUGUAAGCAGUUUCGGUUGGGGUAUAAAUGCCGAUGGGGAUCCGAGUAACAGCAAGCAGUGGAUAACGCUAGAACGUAUCUCCCAGGACUUGUGCCAAGCUCGCAUGGACUCGUUGCGAAUAGCGCUGAUGCGAAGAGUGUUGAUAACGGAACGUAACAUAUGCACCAUAACCAUCACCGGACAUGACGCGUUUGCAGGAUAUUCCGGUGCUCCCCUGAUGUACCGGAAGGAUGGCGUAUGGUUCUUGAUGGGUUUGAUCAGUUACGGAGUCGGCACGACUAACAAUGAAUUCCCGGUGGUAUCGCUGAAUGUUCCACAGUACACAGAUUGGAUUUUGGACAAUAUUCGCCGAAGGCAAUAGUCAUACUGUAUAGUCAUACUCCAAAAUAAACAGAUUGCGCAGAACGGAAUUGUUGCAAAAUGAA